GUUUCAGUUUAUUUGCACAAUCAGCAAAUAGAUGCUGUAGGUCACACAUACUAAGCAAACAUAAAAAAGACGAUCAUAGUGUUCGAAAAAAUCAUUAGCACAAACUCCCCUCGUAGUCGUACCCGCUAUUCGGUAUGUCGACAAUAGCCCCUUUAACAUAAUACAACAACAACAAGCAUGGCGCCAAUCAUGAAUAUUUACGAUUGCACAAAAAAAUGAAUUUUUCUCAAAUUAGCAGCCAGACUAGCGUUGUAUCAAUCUAUAACGCACACCAACUUGUAAAAUUACCAUUUCGGGGCAUACUUCUGCACGGAAUACUUGCCAGUGUGUUACACUAAAGUUAAUUAUGCAUCACGCCAGAUAUCAAAGAUUGAUAAGGGUUGCAUGGACCGGACUGCAUGUGAACGUUUGAUGUACUCAAACACCUUUUGCACAGCAUCUGUACCGAGUCCAGAGUGCCAUUACUGUUGUUCAACAGCUGAGUGCAACAAACAAAUUACCAAGCUUGAUUUUGGUGGGAAAGGCCGUCGUAAAAAGAGGUCUUUUGGUUGGCAGGCUAUUUUUAGCACAGGAAGAGACCAUCUGAAGAAGAGCUCAACUGGAAUAAAGGCUAUUUUAAGCUCUGGAAACCACAACCUGAACAAGAGGUCAUAUAGUACACAAGCUGUUUUAAAUUCUGGAAAAAGUCACAUGAAGAAGAGGUCAACUGGUUCAGAGGCUAAUUUCAGCGCAAGUACUGCACUGUGGAAUGGUUUUUCCCCAUCCUGUAUUGACUUUUAGACCAAAGAAAAAGUUUGAGCCUUAAAGCACACUUAAAUUUAACCUACACAAGCAAGUAAUUGCUUCGCUGAAUAGGGAUAGAUCUAAAGGAGGUUGUAAAGUUGCCCUCAGGGGAAGAUCAAAAUGAUUGAGUUGCUGUUCAUGUGGUGGACUUCUUCAACAGGAUCAACCUCUUGCAUGGUACAAUCUGUGAAUACUGUACAGACCAAACAUGCCCAACAAUGUCUGGUAGGCCACGGUAUGAGUACAUGUGGUGUGAUGGCCACCACUACAAGAAGCCCACGGCACUGCCAGCACCUCAGUACAUCACCUUGCUGAUGGAGUGGGUGGAGUCACAGAUCAACGACGAAACCAUCUUUCCUAUCAAAGUUGGUGGAGUCACAGAUCAACGACGAAACCAUCUUUCCUAUCAAAGAGUGCCGUUUCCCAAGAACUUCCUGCAAACUGUGAAGAAGAUUGUGACACGGCUGUUCAGAGUAUUUGUUCAUGUUUACAUUCACCACUUCGACAAAUUAGUUGCCAUUGGAGCUGAAGCCCAUGUUAACACCUGCUACAAACAUUUCUACUACUUUGAUACCGAAUUCAGCCUUGUUGACAAGAAGGAAUUAGAACCACUGAAGAUUUCAUUGGAACAUAUCGGCAUAUCCAUGAAAGAUUUCUUCACAGACUCCGCUGCUUAAAGUUUGCUUUAAUGUUAAUUACUUCAGAUACAACGGAUAUGUUUGUUUAUUAAAUAUAACAGAUGUUACUACACGAUAGUGAAUCUCUUUAAAUAAUUUUUGUUAAAUGGCAUAAUAAAUUUUGAUGUCUUUAAGCAGGCAUACACUUGCAUAUUGUAGGUGUGUACACAUUGUUAGGAGUAUCAUGCAGACCUCAAAUUGUGCAUGUAUACAUUUUAAUAAGAACAUUUGUUACAACUAUUAAAAAGCAAUGUUAUUGCAGUUAAUAGAAUGUUUUUAAAUUUUACUUAGGGGUAGGAAAUGAGAUGGGAUUUAAAAAAAAGAAAAUAUUGGGCCAGUGUAGUUGCUAGGUUAUUUUCCGUUUUGUAUUAUUGCUGAUCAUAAACUCAUAUGUCCAUGGUAUGGUAUACAGUGAACUCCUCCCGAUGACAGGAAGUCAAGGGAUUUGUAAGAAAACCGAGCCAUUUAAACUUAGAGUUAACUUAAUGUCUAUUUCUUUGUUUGCGCAAUUAAGAUUAAGUCAACUAUUAAUAUUCUUUUAAGCUCACCUGAGCACAACGUGCUCAUGGUGAGCUUUUGUGAUCGCUUUUUGUCCGUCGUCCGUUGUGCGGCUUCAACAUUUGCCUUGUUAACUCUCUAGAGGCCACAUUUAUUGUCCGAUUUUCAUGAAAUUUGGUCAGAAGAUUGGUUUCGAUGAUAUCUUGGAUGAAUUUGAAAAUGGUUAUGUUUGCUUGAAAAACAUGGCUGCCAAGGGGCGGGGCAUUUUUUCUUUUAUGGCUAUAUAUGGCUAUAGUAAAAUCAUGUUAACACUCUAGAGGCCACAUUUAUUGUCUGAUCUUCAUAAAACUUGGUCAGAAGAUUCAUCCCAAAAAUAUCUUGGACGAGUUCGAAAAUGAUGCUGGUUGGUUGAAAAACAUGGCCGCAAGGGGUGGGGCAUUAUUCCUUAUAUGGCUAUAGUAAAACCUUGUUAACACUCUAGAGGCCACAUUUAUUUUCCAAUCUUCAUGAAACUUGCUCAGAAGAUUUGUCCCACUGAUAUCUUGGAUGAGUUCAAAAAUGGUAACCUUUGCUUGAAAAACAUGGCUGCCAAGUGGCGGGACAUUUUUCCUUAUAUGGCUAUAGUAAAAUCUUGUUAACACUCUAGAGGCCACAUUUAUUUCCAAUCUUCAUGAAACUUGGUCAGAAGAUUCAUCCUAAUAAUAUCUUGGGAGAGUUCGAAAAUGAUGCCAUUUGGUUGAAAAACAUGGCCGCCAGGGGACGGGUCAUUUUUCCUUACAUGUAUAUGGCUAUAUAUAUAGUAUAACCUUGUUAACACUCUAGAGGCCACAUUUAUUGUCCAAUCUUGAUGAAAUAUGGUCAGAAGACAUAGAUUUUUUAAUACAUCCAAAUACUAGUAUAACUGUUACAAUGCACCAAUAAUUUUAAUGAACAUCUUAGUUUU